AAAGUAAUUACAAUUUCAAGUAAAAAGAAACAGCGAAAAUGGCGGACGAAGUGAUUAAACAUUCAGUGCACACAUUAGUGUUUAGAUCAUUGAAAAGAUCUCAUGAUAUGUUUCUAUCUAACCAGGGAAUGCUGCCCCCAAUUGACGAAACUGCUGAAAAAAUCUUACGGUCCAUCAAAGCACGCGAUAGCUACGGGCAAGUAAUGGCAACAGUGCAAAAGGCACAGGCUGUGAAACAACACGAAUCCAUGAGCCGGCCUGAGACUCCUCAUGAUACAGAAAUGGCAGAAUCAGCAGCUCUCGGUUCCGACGGCGCCAUGCUCCCAUAUACGGGCCCAUCGCCUUCUCCGGCGCCGGCAGCUCCUGCCGGUGCCGUCGCCACCCUGCCCAAGAAGGCACCAACCAUGCCCAAACCAAAAUGGCACGCUCCAUGGAAACUAUUCAGAGUGAUUUCUGGACAUUUGGGUUGGGUACGCUGCGUUGCUGUUGAACCCGGCAAUGAGUGGUUUGCAACGGGUGCUGCAGAUAGAGUAAUAAAAAUCUGGGACAUUGCUAGUGGCAAACUAAAAGUGUCACUUACUGGACAUGUUAGCACAGUUAGAGGGUUGGAGGUGUCAGCAAGGCAUCCAUAUUUGUUCAGUUGUGGUGAAGAUAGACAAGUGAAAUGCUGGGAUUUGGAAUAUAAUAAGGUUAUCCGUCACUAUCAUGGACACCUUUCAGCCGUGUACACAAUAGCGCUGCAUCCAACAAUUGACGUUUUAGUGACUGCUGGGCGUGACGCGACUGCACGCAUCUGGGAUAUGAGGACGAAAGCCAAUGUGCACACGCUGACAGGACAUACAGAUACUAUCGCUUCAUUAGCCUGUCAGGCAUCAGAACCUCAGAUUAUAACUGGCUCGCACGACUCCACAAUCCGUCUAUGGGACCUCGCAGCAGGCAAAUCCCUCUGCACAUUGACAAAUCACAAGAAGUCAGUCCGUUCUAUUGUCAUUCAUCCCACUUUAUACACAUUUGCCUCUGCAUCGCCAGAUAAUAUUAAACAAUGGAAGUGCCCUGAAGGAAAAUUUAUACAAAAUCUUUCUGGACAUAAUGCAAUAGUAAAUUGCAUGGCAGUCAACCCUGAAGGAGUGUUAGUAAGUGGCGGAGAUAAUGGCACUAUGUUCUUAUGGGAUUGGCGAACGGGAUACAACUUCCAGAGACUGCAGGCCGCUGUACAACCAGGUUCAAUGGAUUCAGAAGCGGGUAUCUUUGCAAUGACUUUUGACCAGUCAGGAUCUCGUCUGAUCACUACAGAGGCUGACAAAACUAUCAAGAUCUACCGCGAAGAUGACACUGCCUCAGAAGAAACGCAUCCUAUCAACUGGCGACCGGAAAUAUUGAAGAGAAGGAAGUUCUAAGUUUAGUUAGUGCUAAUAAAGAUUACUUUU